CCUGUAGCAACCAUAUAACAGAUGGCGGUAAACGAACCAAAUAGGCGUCAGUUCGUUCUUGUGUUUUAGACGUAAGGACGUAAGAAGUUGUUCGGCUAAACGCGAUAGCUAACGGAGAACUAACGUUCUCCAAAAAGAAAAACCAUUACAUUUUACAUUCCUCUGUAACGUGAAUUUCAAACCGGUAAAGCGCGACGAUGGCACCUAUUGCUGAUCAAAAAUUCAUGUACGAUCUACUUGUUAUUGGCGGUGGAUCAGGAGGUUUAGCAGCAGCUAAAGAAGCAGUGAACUUAGGCGCAAAAGUUGCAGUUCUUGAUUUUGUUACGCCAUCUCCAAGAGGUACCACUUGGGGCUUAGGUGGCACUUGUGUAAAUGUUGGUUGUAUACCAAAGAAGUUAAUGCAUCAAGCUGCUUUGCUAGGAGAAGCAAUCCAUGAAUCAGCAGCUUAUGGUUGGCAGGUACCAGAUCCGAAUACUAUUAAGAAUGACUGGCAAGCAUUAACAACAGCAGUACAAAAUCAUAUAAAAUCUGUAAAUUGGGUUACUCGAGUGGAGCUUAGGACAAAGAAAAUCGAAUACUUCAAUGCACUUGGUUAUUUUAAAGAUCAACAUACGAUAUGUGGGAAGUUGAAAAAUGGAGAAGAAAAAGUAUUCACAGCAAAGAAUAUCUUGAUUGCUGUAGGUGGUAGGCCGAGAUAUCCUGAUAUUCCUGGUGCUUUAGAAUAUGGUAUAAGCAGUGAUGAUAUCUUUAGUCUGGAGAAAGCUCCAGGGAAAACGCUCGUUAUUGGUGCAGGAUAUAUCGGUUUGGAGUGUGCCGGUUUCUUGAAUAGUUUAGGUUAUGAUGCAACUGUAAUGGUACGUUCGAUUGUAUUACGAGGAUUUGAUCAGCAAAUGGCCAAUACCGUUGCUCAAGAAAUGGAGAGACGUGGUGUACAUUUUAUUUAUCAAGCUAAGCCAUCGAAAAUUGAAAAGCAAGCCGAUGGUCGACUUCUUGUACAUUGGGUAGAUAAAGAAAGACAAACGCAUCAAGAUAUUUUCGAUACUGUUCUCUUCGCUAUUGGUCGCAAACCGCUUACAGAAGAAUUAAAACCAGAAAAUAUUGGCCUUCAACUUGUUCCUGAAACUGCAAAAAUAGAUGCAAUUGAUGAACAAACGAAUAUUCCAAAUGUGUAUGCUGUUGGUGAUGUGCUUCAUAAAAAACCAGAACUAACCCCUGUUGCCAUACAUGCGGGUCGAUUAUUAGCGAGAAGAUUGUUCGGAAACUCGACGGAACAAAUGGACUACAUAAACGUUGCGACAACAGUAUUUAGUCCUCUAGAAUAUGGUUGUGUUGGUCUCAGCGAAGAAGCUGCGAUUGCUAUUCAUGGAGAAGACAAAAUAGAAAUUUAUCAUGCGUAUUAUAAACCAACGGAAUUCUUCAUCCCACAAAAAGAUGUUUCUAAUUGCUAUAUAAAAGUAGUUGCAUUUAGAAACGGCGAUCAAAGAGUGCUUGGUAUGCAUUUCAUUGGUCCUAAUGCUGGUGAAGUGAUUCAAGGUUUUGCCGCUGCUAUUAAAUGUAACUUAACAUUCCCAAAACUAAAGGAUACAGUUGGAAUUCAUCCAACAGUAGCAGAAGAGUUUACACGUAUAUCCGUAACUAAACGUUCUGGACUCGAUCCUAAGCCACAAAGCUGCUGCAGUUAAAAUAUACGUAAUAUUAGUUUUGUUACGUUGCUAAUAUUUGUGGAAGUAUGAUUUCGAAGUAUGGUAAACGAUAAACGUUUUUUUAUGGUUAUUGCAUUGAUUAUUGGCUCUGGAAUUAAUUUUCUGAGCGGAAUCAGGAUAUAUUUUUUACCAACACAAGUAGGAAAGAAUUCUUAAAAUAUUACAUUUAUAACGUGAAAUUAUAAACCAUUGUACCAUAUGAAAAAUUUGCUUCUUUUGAAGCACUAGGAAUUAAUGCAACCUGUUAAAUCAAGGAAAUAACUUAUAUUGUUAUACUUAUAGUAAUUUUUAUAAAUAUAAUAUUUUCAGAUAUUAGUAUAUUCCUCUGUAUACAUAUUCGACUUAAAGUCGAUGAAAUAAAAAUAAUGAAAAUA